UCUGGGGUGCUUGUGAGGCGAGCAUUUCCAAGGCUGUGUGCUUGUGCGGCGGUGGGGGGACACACGAUGACCUUCCCCUCCUCACGAAGACCUAAAAGGGAAGAGCAACCCCCAGCGAGAUCCCCUCCGUGCUGAUGAUUUUCAGGGACUUGUUGGCAACUCAGGGAGGGUUGCCAUAGCUUUUUUAUGUAGGGUGACCAGAACCGGCUGAAACUGGUUUGAGGCAGAUCAGCUCCUGAACACAAUGCAGUCACUGAGCUACUACAGUGGGAUAGCAGCUUCCUCCCUUCAUGGCAGCCAAAAGCAGAGGACCUUGCAGGAAGAAGCUACUGAAGGGUGUUGGGGGUACUUCUGACUAUUAUGAAGGCCAAAAGGCCUGUUGACUGGGGCUGCUUUUAACCCUUUCAUAUUUGCAGAGAAUGCAACCGUGUGACAGUAACUGAACAUUGGGCCAAAGUCUUUCCAAAAGGUCAAGGUUCACAAGAACAUCUGAUCAAAUUCAUGACCAUGGGGGAUAUGAAGACCCCAGACUUUGAUGACCUCCUGGCAGCAUUUGACAUCCCAGACAUGGUCGAUCCGAAAGCAGCCAUCGAGUCUGUACACGAGGACCAGGAAAGCCACAUCAAGCAGAACGCCCAUGGCGACGAGGACUCCCACACACCGUCCUCUUCCGACGUGGGCGUCAGCGUCAUCGUGAAGAACGUUCGGAACAUCGAUUCCUCCGAGGGCGCCGAGAAGGACGGCCACAAUCCCACUGGCAACGGCUUGCACAACGGGUUUCUCACCGCGUCCUCUCUCGACAGUUACGGCAAAGAUGGAUCGAAGUCCUUGAAGGGAGAUGCGCCUGCCUCGGAGGGGACUUUAAAAGACUCCACGUUCAGCCAGUUUAGCCCCAUCUCAAGCGCUGAAGAGUUUGACGACGACGAGAAGAUCGAAGUGGACGACCCACCGGACAAAGAGGACGUGCGUUCCGGUUUUCGGGCGAACGUGUUGCCGGGGUCGGCCGCCCAGCAGGACUAUGACAAGCCAAAGGCGCUCGGAGGGGACGGUUUGAGCAAAACUGGAAUCUCUCCUUCAGGCAAUGUAGAUAAAAACAGAGUCGUUAAGAGAGAGACAGAAACAAAUUCCAUAAAUCUGAGUGUUUACGAACCUUUCAAAGCCAGAAAAGCAGAGGAUAAGCUGAAGGAAAACUCUGAAAAGGUGCUUGAAAACCGGGCCCACGACGGGAAGCUGAGCUCGGAGAAGAGUGAACCCAGCCUCGGCAGCGUCGCGCUGUCGAGGUCAAAGCCAUCGUCCAAGCUGUCCUCGUGUAUAGCUGCAAUAGCAGCACUUAGUGCUAAAAAGGCUGCUUCCGACUCCUGCAAGGAACCGGUGACCGAAUCCCAGGGGGCCUCUCCGUUACCUAAAGAAGCAAACGAUAGUCCCAGAGCCAUGGAGAAGUCUCCUGAAUCCCAGAGCCUCAUCGACGGGACAAAGAAAGUGUCCCUGAAGCAGCCCGAUAGCCCCAGGAGCAUCUCCAGUGAGAACAGCAGCAAGGGGUCUCCGUCCUCUCCCGCAGGGUCGACACCAGCAAUCCCCAAAGUCCGCAUAAAAACCAUUAAGACGUCUUCUGGGGAAAUAAAGAGAACAGUGACGAGGGUGUUGCCAGAGGUCGAUCUCGACUCUGGAAAAAAGCCUUCCGAGCAGGCGGGGCCCGUGAUGGCGUCUGUGACGUCUCUCCUGUCCUCUCCGGCUUCGGCUGCCGUCCUCUCCUCCCCGCCCAGGGCGCCUCUGCAGUCGGCGGUGGUCACCAACGCAGUCGCCCCUGCGGAGCUGACCCCCAAACAGGUCACCAUCAAGCCCGUGGCAACCGCCUUCCUCCCAGUGUCCGCCGUGAAGACGGCGGGAUCCCAAGUCAUUAAUUUGAAGCUCGCUAACAACACGACGGUCAAAGCCACGGUCAUAUCUGCUGCCUCUGUUCAGAGCGCCAGCAGCGCCAUCAUCAAAGCCGCCAAUGCCAUCCAGCAGCAAACCGUUGUGGUGCCGGCAUCCAGCCUGGCCAACGCCAAACUCGUGCCAAAGACUGUGCACCUCGCCAACCUUAACCUUCUGCCUCAGGGCGCCCAGGCCACCUCCGAGCUCCGCCAAGUGCUAACCAAACCUCAGCAGCAAAUAAAGCAGGCAAUAAUCAAUGCAGCAGCCUCGCAACCACCCAAAAAGGUGUCUCGGGUCCAGGUGGUGUCCUCCUUGCAGAGUUCCGUGGUGGAAGCUUUCAACAAGGUGCUGAGCAGCGUCAACCCGGUUCCAGUUUACAUCCCCAACCUCAGUCCUCCUGCCAACGCAGGCAUCACGUUACCGACCCGCGGGUACAAGUGCUUGGAGUGUGGCGACUCCUUUGCCCUGGAGAAGAGUCUGACCCAGCACUACGACCGACGCAGCGUGCGCAUCGAAGUGACGUGUAACCACUGUACAAAGAACCUCGUUUUUUACAACAAGUGCAGUCUCCUUUCCCACGCCCGCGGGCACAAGGAGAAGGGGGUUGUGAUGCAGUGCUCCCACUUGAUUUUAAAGCCAGUCCCAGCCGAUCAGAUGAUUGUCUCUCCGUCGAGCAAUACUUCCGCUUCGUCCUCUACUCUUCCAGGCUCCGCGGGAGCCGGCACACACACUGUAACGAAGAUUCAGGCUGGCAUCACCGGGACAGUCAUAUCCGCUCCCUCCAGCACACCCAUCAUUCCAGCUAUGCCUCUAGACGAAGACCCAUCCAAGCUCUGCAGGCAUAGUCUGAAAUGUUUGGAGUGUAACGAAGUUUUCCAGGACGAGACGUCGCUGGCCACACACUUCCAGCAGGCUGCAGAUACGAGUGGACAAAAGACUUGCACUGUCUGCCAGAUGCUGCUUCCUAACCAGUGCAGUUACGCAUCACACCAGAGAAUCCAUCAGCACAAAUCUCCCUACACCUGCCCCGAGUGCGGGGCCAUCUGCAGGUCGGUGCACUUCCAGAGCCACGUCACCAAGAACUGUCUGCACUACACGCGGAGAGUUGGUUUUCGGUGUGUCCAUUGCAAUGUCGUGUACUCUGACGUGGCCGCUCUGAAGUCUCACAUCCAGGGCUCUCACUGUGAAGUCUUCUACAAGUGUCCUAUUUGUCCCAUGGCGUUUAAGUCUGCCCCAAGCACACAUUCCCAUGCCUACACACAGCAUCCUGGCGUCAAGAUAGGAGAGCCAAAAAUAAUUUAUAAGUGUUCCAUGUGCGACACUGUGUUUACCCUGCAAACCCUGCUGUAUCGCCACUUUGACCAACACAUCGAAAACCAGAAGGUGUCUGUUUUCAAGUGUCCCGACUGUUCCCUUUUAUAUGCACAGAAGCAACUCAUGAUGGACCAUAUCAAGUCUAUGCAUGGAACAUUGAAAAGUAUUGAAGGGCCUCCAAACUUGGGUAUAAACUUGCCUUUGAGCAUUAAGCCUGCAACUCAAAAUUCAGCAAAUCAAAACAAAGAGGAUACCAGAGCCACGAACGGGAAAGAGAAAUUGGAAAAGAAGUCUCCAUCACCUGUGAAAAAAUCCAUGGAACCCAAGAAGGUGGCCAGUCCCGGGUGGACGUGUUGGGAGUGUGGCCGCUUGUUCACGCAGAGAGAUGUUUACAUUUCCCACGUGAGAAAGGAGCACGGGAAGCAAAUGAAAAAACACCCUUGCCGCCAGUGUGACAAAUCUUUCAGCUCCUCACACAGCCUGUGCCGUCACAAUCGGAUCAAGCACAAAGGCAUCAGGAAAGUUUACACCUGCUCGCACUGCCCAGACUCUAGGCGCACCUUUACGAAACGGUUGAUGCUGGAGAAACAUAUCCAACUCAUGCACGGAAUCAAGGAUCCUGACUUGAAAGAAAUGACAGAAGCCACCAACGAGGAGGAAACAGAAAUAAAAGAAGAUGCCAAGGUUCCCAGUCCCAAGCGCAAGUUGGAAGAACCCGUGCUGGAGUUCAGACCGCCCAGAGGGGCGAUCACCCAGCCGCUGAAGAAGCUGAAGAUCAACGUGUUCAAGGUUCACAAGUGUGCCGUGUGCGGCUUCACCACCGAAAACCUGCUGCAGUUCCACGAACACAUCCCUCAGCACAAGUCAGACGGCUCCUCCUACCAGUGCCGCGAGUGCGGCCUCUGCUACACGUCGCACGUGUCGCUGUCCAGGCACCUGUUCAUCGUGCACAAGCUGAAGGAGCCGCAGCCGGUGUCCAAGCAGAACGGGGCCGGGGAGGAGAACCAGCAGGAGAACAAGCCCAGCCGCGAGGACGAGGCGCCCGACGGCGCGGUGUCAGACCGGAAGUGCAAGGUGUGCGCAAAGACGUUCGAGACUGAAGCUGCCUUAAACGCCCACAUGCGGACACACGGCAUGGCCUUCAUUAAAUCCAAAAGAGUGAGUUCGGCCGAGAAAUAGCCACAGACCUUCCUGUAAGGAGAAUCCCUGUCCACAUUGGAAUAAAAGAGACAUUUUUGUUACAAAAAGUUUGCAGUAUAAUAGAGUUAACAGUACUGUCUAGGCUGUUGCAAUAUAUUCUCUUCCAGUGUACCUUCUCCACCUGGUCGUGUAUAUCCUCCUCGAUAAGUAUGAAAACAGUAUUUGAGUUUCAAAGAGUUUGUAUAUAUUUAAAUGAAUAACUUUUUAUACUCUUUGUUACAUGUUUGUAUCAGUAUUUAGUGAAAAAAUGUUUUGAGGUUUUCUUUUCUCGGUCUUUGGUUUUUUUGUUUGUUUGUUUGUUUGUUCCUUGGGUUUUGUUUUUUGUUUUUUGGUUUUUUUGGGGGGUUAGACUUUUUCUUUUUGUACUGUUUCUUUAAACACAGAGUUCUUAGCAACAGGGGCAGUUCCUGAAUUCAAAUAAACCAUUUUGUAUGUUACAGAUUUGAAUGGGUUAACUAAUUGCAGGCUAAGAUAAUGCCUUUUUUAGUGUUUUUAAUUUUUAGAAUUCACUAUAUAAAUUGUAGGUAUUGUGGGUCUCAAAAACACUAGGGACUUUUAAGUGUCUUAGCACUACCCUCAACGUGCCUGCUCUAAGCCGGCGAGUGCACCUGUCCCGGGCGACCGCACUCCGGCGUCUGGCAUCUUCUUCCAGGCCACGCCCGACCGUGUUUAAAGCAGCCUGCAGGUAGCUUCCUUCCCAGUGAUGGAUCAAAACGUAGGCCAGGCCUCUACAGUAAAGCGCAUGGAUUAUCCUCCGCUCCAUUCCGGAACGGGGAAGAAGGGCGUUGCCAGGGGAAAACCAGGGGCUGGGGUUUUUUCUGGGCCGAUCUGCAAGGCUGGCUGAAAGAACACAAGGAGAUCAAGUCACCCAAGGGCUGGACUACUGUAACAGUGACACAUAUGUAGCUAGACCAGUAGAUUUAGAUAGUCGAGUUUUUGCCAUGGAAUUUAUUAACUCCUACGAAGACACAACUAAAAAUAUCAAGUAUUUCUCUGGCUCUUGACAGGAACAAAGAAAAAAAAAACUCCCAGUUGACUUAACCCUUCUGAACCCUUUGCCGUCGAAAGAGCUGGCGUUUCCUGUUCUGGGGUGCUACUGCCAAACGUUCUGGUACUUGGAGUUGAGAUGCACAACUCCACCUCCGACCUAUCAAUGCAGCAACCCGCGUGUCGCGAUCGGCCGCUCGGUCACGCGCUGAGCCGCCCGGCCUCAGUUCGGUCAUUUCAAUAAGUCUCUUUAAUAUUAGUAGUUCCGCUUUAUCAAAGCACAGCAGGGGUGGGCACUCCUCUGUCCCUUCCGUUUAUAGUUCUCUGGGAGCGUUCCUAUUUUUCAGUUUUCGUUUCUGUGUUUUCUUUGGCAUUUUAUACCUUGUAUUUAUCCCGGAACACGUUUUGUACUUUUUAUUUUUACGAAAAAGGAAUUCCGUUUUGUGUAUAUAUAGGCACUUGCAUGAUACGCUGUAGUCAACGUUCGGUUCCUCGGAAGGUCUCGGCGCUGUCCGCUGUUACGCACUACAUCCGUCAUAACUGUAUUAAACACAUUUCGUAUGUAAAUAAACGUGGGACAUUGGCCCUUGUGCUUCUGUGAGAGAGUCAUUGAUGGUGGGUCUCUGACAUCUUCGUGAAGUUUAGGAAGCGAGUAGUCGCAGGGACAGGACUACAGGAUGUUGCAGAACUCUUUCCCCCUCCGGAGAAUGGCACGUGCGUUCUCGUUAGCGCUCAGCUCUUUUGUCGCUUUCUCGUUGACUGCCAUCGAUUUCGUGGGUGUAACGCAAGGGCGUGAUUAAGUAUUCCCACGCUUGAAAUUCAAUUGCUGUUACUUGUUCUAUUUAUACUUGUAUUGCUCUAAGGUGUAUUCAUAGCACUUUCAUGUGUUUCUGCAUUUGAACCUUGCAAUAAACCUGUGCGGUGGGCCGCACGGGUCUUAAUGGUCUAGUUUUACAGUUGAGGAAGCUGAGCUCCGAUUCCGUUCUUUGCCUGAGCCCUCACAGCUGGUAAGUGGCUUUGCGUAUUAGAACCCAGACGCUCUUGCUCGAAAUCUUAGCGCUCGCUCUCUGUGUUUAUGUACAUAUUGACAAAUAUUCAUUUACUGAACAAUAAAAAGUAUGUGCGAAACACGA